UACUGCCCCUCUAGCAGCCAGGUUGCCAUGACAACCAGCGCGGGGGGGGGUGUUGGCGGGGGGGCUGCGCUCCCGUCUUCGCUCAGGCACCCACUGGGCAGCACCAAGCGUGGAGGAGGAGAGAGGAGCCGCAGCAGCAGCCAGGGAGCAAGAGAGGUGGCCGAGGAGCUUGGGUGGCCCCAGGAAGCCUGGCCUGGAAAAGUCGCAAAACCUCUCCAGCCGCUUUGGGGGCACCCAGUGGAGAAAACCAAGGCUGGCUCUGCUCCUGCUCCGUGCAAACGGUAACCAACGGGGGACGGGUAGAGAAGACCUUUCCUUCUGCAAGACCUUCCUUAAACCUUCUGAACAAGAAAAGCAGAGUGGUGAAGUACCUGAACCUCGCCUAGAGGUAUGAAAGGCCAUGUCGUUUUGAAAGCCAAGGACCCAGGGACAGAAGGCAUCAUCACCGAGUAGAGGCGCCGGAGGGGCCCCACAGCCUUUGGGCUUUUCUUCCACUGAGAGAAGCAGCAAAACCCACCCGGCGUUUGCUUCAUGGAGGGAAGGAGAACUGGGGGGGGCCUCCCUGCCUCCCACCCAGAUGGAGACAGGGCCCCUUCAGCAGCAAAGGAAGGGAGAAAGAAUAAUGCCCAGGGAAAACCGGCGCCUGCCAGGCUGUCUCCCUCGGGAAAAGGCUUCUUCCAGAGGAAGUGCCCGCUCUGGCUCAGAAGGCGAAGGGCUGCCCAUUCCCCGGAGGGCCAGGCAGCUGCCAGGAGCCGCCUCUGCAUGGAAGCCGCCCACGAAAGCCCCAUCCAAGCCGUCCGGAAGCCCUCGCCAGGAGGCUGGCCCUCGGCCGAGGCACCUGCCGGUGGGGAGACGGGGCCCUCCCUGCUCAGGAAGCUGCUGUGCCUGAAGGCGGCUUCCUCCCGGCUGAAGAGGCCCCCGCCUCGCGGCCCGGAGGCCUCCCUGCUCUACGGGGCAAGCCCCAGGUGCGGGCCGGUGGCAGCCCUCAGCAGAGCGGCCGACCCUCAAGGGGAGUCUCCUUUGAGGUGGAGACCCGCCACGGAGCCCCAGGCACCCUCAGCGGCCGCUCCCCAGCAGGGGGGCCCAGGGAGGAGGAGGAGGAUGAAGCCAUGGCAGAUGUUCAGGGAAGCCGUGGCCUCCAGAGCCAAGAAAAGACCAGUCCUCUCAGGGCCUGGCCAGCAGGGAAGGGAAGACCUUACGGAUCUUGGCCGCCCUGCCGAGCCAGGAAGAAGCCCUUCUCUCGCCAGGGCGGAGGGAGUCUCUGGGGAGCCACCCGGCAGCCUGGAAGCAGGAGAGGCCGGGAAGCUCCUGUCCGCACGUCCACUGAACGUGGGAGACACUCAGGGAGCCCAAGAGGGCAGCGGAGGCCACGGAAGCAGCCGGCACAGUCCUGAGAUCUGCCGCGUGGUGGGGGACAGGAGGGAAGCAGGAAGCAGGGCUGACCCCCUUCGCUCACCAACCCCGGAGAAGAGCCAAAGCCAAAUGGCAAAGGACAUUCCGGAGUGGGAGAGGCUCCAGGCGUGGGCUUACGCUCUUUCGGGCAGGGACAGGGCAGAGGUGGCAGAAGCAGCCAGGGAAGGCCAGGCCUCCCAGCAGAUGGAGGGCGGCUGCCCUUUGUGGGCAGAAGAGGAGGAGGAGGAGGAAGAGCCUGCUCUGGCGGAGCUGGCAGAGAACCCCGGAGGGCAGGGGAUGCUGAUGGGGAUCCGGGACUUCGGCUGGCUGAACCGUGAGCUGCUGGGAGGGCCAACAUCCUCGAGGAAGGCCGAGGCGGCGGCGGAGAAAGCACACCGCGCUCCGCACCCUGAGGAAGAGGCGUCCCGUCCAGGGGCCCCCGGCGGAAGGAGCUGGUGGAAGAGCCAGGGAAGCCAGAGCCUGGGCACGGAGAGGAUCAGCACAGGGGCCUCUUUUCGGACAUCCUCAGGAAGGGAGGAAGGCUGUGGGGCUGCACUGCCCUUGCAGGGGGUUUCUGGGGCCUCCCCUCACCCUGGCCUCCCAAGGGAAGGGGGCUUGCUGAUACCCUGGCGGGUCUCCUCCCCUCCUUCGGUGCCACACGGGGCCAGAGAGCCAGGCCUGCCGGAAGGCCUGCUCAGCCCAGCCCCGGGGCAUUCUCUGGCCCUUUCCGAGAACAGGGAGAAGGAAGAGCAGGGAGAGCAGCAAGCCAGCCCCGAAGGGAAGCCGCUCCGGCCCUCUACGGCCACCGAGAGGAGGCCGGCCGAGCCACAGCCGGAAGCCUUGGGGGCAGAAGCCAAGCUGGACACACACGCGCUCCGCCUGGCAGCCGUGGAGAUUGUGGGCGCUGCUAUUGACGCAGCGGCCGCCCAGCUGGCCCGGAAGGAAGAGCAGGAGCUGGCAGCGCUGGGGCUGAGCAAGGGCUGCCCCUGAGACACACACCCCUCCCUUUCCUGUGGCUGGGGUGCCCGGGAGAGCUCCCCCCACUCUGUUUCAGUCAGGUCAAGGGGAGGCAGCUGGACAGCUCUUGCCAGCUUUUCCUCCCCAUCACCGUAAUCUGGUGUCAUUUAGUCCCCUCCUUCCCCCCUUUUUUAAAAAAGAAUCAUUUAACUGCCCACGGUGGGUGGGUGAGGUUUGUGAUCAUUUGGAUUUUCUGUAUUAAAGCAAAUUAAACCUACUCCGAGUUUAGGAGAAAAGUGA